AUUGUUGAAAGAAACAGAGGGAAACGUUUCUCAUUCCAGAAAAGGGAUUAGGGUUCUACCGUCGUGGCUCCAUUUCCCUCUGUUUCUACCCUCCUUUGUACAGAUAGAGAAAAGACUUCGGUCAACAGUUGUUUGUUGUGAAGGCUGAGAAUCGAUCUCCUGUGGCGAUUUGGUGCAGGGGAAGAGCAAGGAUGACGACGCGACUCCGUGAAUCCACUGCUGAUAGGAUUAGCAACCUCCCCGACGGCGCGAUAGAGCGGAUUCUGGUGUUCUUGCCGAUAAAAGAUGCAGCUAAAACCAGCCUCUUGUCAAGAUACUGGAGACAUCGUUGGAGAAGUAUUCCUGAACUUGUGUUCGAUUAUAGGUUUGCUCCACUUCCUGAAGAAGAUGAUCGGAAGGUAGUGAUGAAGAUUUACGAAGCUCUGCUGGCUCAUGAUGGGCUGCUGACUAAGUUUGAGCUCUCAAUUUCUAAAUAUAGGCGCAAUCUUCCGCUUGAUCUCUUGAUGCUUCACCUUUCGAGGAAAGGCGUCCAGGAGCUUACGCUUACCCUUCUCGUUGAGGGCGAGAAUUACCCCAAUUUGCAUUCCUCCCUGUUCUCUGCAGCCUUUCCCCUGAAGCGUCUUAAACUGCAGGGUUGCGAAUUCAAGGUAUCAUCUGGGUUUGCAGGAUUUAGCAAGCUUACUUUUCUCCAAUUGGAAGACGUGGGUCUGCCUGACGGUUUCUUUGAGAAUUUCAUUCCAAAGUUUCCGCUGUUGGAAGAGUUGAGGGUUACAGAAUGCGGUGAUACAGAACCUGUGUUUGUAUCGCAUUCUCUCAAAGUUCUUUUCUUACACUCUAGCUUUCUGAAUAUUUGCUUCAAGGAUACCCCUGUUCUUUCGGUGCUAUCAGUGCUAGAUACCGAUUUGUUUUGUGGGGAAGGAGAACCCUCUGAGGAUGAUUAUUUGGAUAUGGUCCCUUUCUUUGCAUCUCUCCCUGCAAUUCAGCAGUUGAAUCUUGGCAUUGAAUUGCUACUAUUGCUUGCUGCUGGUUGUGUCCCCUACCGGCUGCCUACAGAUCUUCACCACUUAGAAGUCCUGGCAGUACCUCGUCUUCUUUUGGAUAGGUUGCCACAGGCCCAGAUUCUUGUUUGUCUAAUCAUGAGUUCGCCCAACUUGCAAACACUCACCAUUCAGAUUGAUGAUGAUCGGCAUCAUCCGCCUUCAGAUGUUGUUGCUAGCCUACAACAGUUGUUGGAAGCAGACGACCAACCUGGAGUUUGUUGCCUUCAACAUCUUGAAGAGUUCAACAUUCAGGAUGGUCGUGGUACGCAAGUCGAGCUGGACUUGGUGAGGUUUGUACUCGCCACUGCCCCGAAGCUUCGUAGGAUCUCUAUUAAGCCGCACGAUAAGCUGUCUUCUGGAAAGGUUUUGAAAUUCUUGAAGAAUGCAGCAUUAUGUAAACGUAUUUCCAGAGAUGCUGAGCUUAGAUAUGUCUGUGAAGAUGAAGAUGAGGAUGAGGUCGAGGAUGCCACGAUGUCGCCUUUACAUUAGUACAACACAUUAACAAGUGUAGGGGUAGAUUUAUUUUCAGUCACACCAUGACUCGAAGAGAAUGAUUUGUUCUUGUUAUUCUAGUCACUGCCCCAAUCCUUGUCCUUGGUUAGAUAUCCAUUAAGCUUGAAGUUAACUUGUCCGCUGUAGAGGGUAUGAAACUCCUGAAAGAGGUUACAUUAUAUAGCGCAGUUUAAAAGGGGCAGAUGCAAGAUAUCUCCAGAGUGAAUGAGAUCAAUAUACGUUGCAGCUUUACCUCUCCCACUCACCCUUUGGGUUGUUUUCCACCUUUGAUGGUGCUUGAUGUUUAACUUUUCUUUCUCUCUUGUUGGCAACUGAUGUGAGCCUGCAUGAUCAAAAUUACUCGUCUUGCCUUUUACCUCCUUGCUUCUCGUUCCUUCCAUGAGUAUGAC